CGUCUUUUCGGAGAGUCCGAAGAACUCGCGGCCAAACCGUGAACUCGUAUCAUUCUUGGUCAUGCUGAUUCCACAUCGCAGAACAAGAUUCCGAUUCCUCCGUACCUGUGCCGUCCAGCAGCUUGAUGUUUCUUUACCCACGCAAAUGUACAAAGUUGCUUUCCUUUCUUCAACGGGUUCUUGACACGGAUAGAAGAGCAGGGCAGAGGUGAGGUCGGGUCCGUGAGUUUUCUGCUCGAGGAAAAAGUCCAAGUUAGCUUUCUGCCACUGUCCAUGGAUUCCGCCGUUGAGGGCACGCCUAGAUAUUACGGGCUCUGCGCCAUGGGAGGAAUGCUUAGUGCCGGCACUACCCAUCUCGCCAUCACUCCUUUUGACGUUCUAAAAGUCAAUAUGCAGGUACAUCCAAUUAAAUAUUACAGCAUUUCCUCGUGCUUUACUACAAUAUUAAGAGAACAAGGGCCUUCUGCCCUCUGGAGAGGUUGCGGCAAGUUCUUUGGAUAUGGAGCUCAAGGGGGGUGCAGGUUUGGUCUGUAUGAAUAUUUCAAGGGGCUUUAUUCCAAUAUAAUGGGAGACAGUAACAGGAGUGUGGUUUACUUUGGUAGUAGCGCAUCUGCUGAAGUAUUUGCCAAUAUCGCUCUUUGCCCUUUUGAAGCUGUUAAAGUGAGAGUGCAGGCACAGCCCUGUUUUGCUAAGGGGCUGUUUGAUGGCUUUCCGAAGUUGUAUGCAUCAGAAGGCACGCAAGGAUUCUACCGUGCUUUUCCUCUUUGGGGCCGAAACCUUCCCAUUCUGUUGAUGUUCUCAACAUUUGAGCAUUCUGUUGAUUUUUUGUAUCGCAAAGCUGUAAGAAAAGAAAAGAGGGGAUUGCUCAAUAACUCAACAAUUGGGGUGACAUGUUUAGCUGGAUAUGCUGGGGUCUGUUGUAGCUUGAUUUCGAACCCAGCUGAUAUUGUAGCUUCACUUUAUAACAGAAAGGCUGAUAGUCUUGUGCUGGCUAUCAGGAAAAUUGGUCUAACCAAUCUAUUUACGAGGAGCCUUCCUAUUAGAAUUCUUCUGGUUGGCCCUUCUAUAACUUUGCAAUGGUUGUUCUAUGACACGAUUAAAGUUUUAGGGGACUGUAAGUGCAUUCCUCCUGAGCUGUUUUUCAUGAUGUUUUAUUUAGAGAUCUUUGUUUAUCUUGUAGUCAAACUUACCUCUUGGCAUUAUAUCUUUUGAAUGUUAUUUUACCCCUAGUUGUUA